ACAACCGGUACCACAAUUGAUUUAGCAUCCACCGCGCAAGGGUCCAAACGAGAAUGAUUAUCUUCAUCUUAAUUAUCCUCUGUCUAGUUAUACUUGCUAUUUAUAAUGAUACGAAAAAACCUAAGAAUUUUCCGAAUGGUCCGAGUUGGUUACCGGUGAUUGGAAACUUAAAUAUUUACAAGAAACUAUUAGGAAGUUUGGGAUUCCACCAUUUGGUUUGGUGUGAAUUAUCGAAAAAGUAUGGAAACGUGGUUGGAUUGAAAUUGGGCAGGAAUAUCGUGGUCUGCGUAUUAGGGCCUGAUGCUAUCAAAGAGGUGAUGACUAGGGAAGAAUUUGAUGGCCGUCCAGAUGGAUACUUAUUCCGUCUACGUACAUUUGGAAAGAGACUUGGCAUCGUCUUUUCAGAUGGCGAGUUAUGGCAGAAACAGCGAAAGUUUUCAGUUAACCAUUUGCGGCACUUCGGUUUUGGAAAGAAGGAUAUGGAUAUGAAAAUCGAAGUGGAAACCAAAGAUUUAAUAGAUGUCUUUAGGAAGCAAUGCGAUAAACCUAUAGAAAUGCAAACUGCAUUCGAUAUUAGCGUCUUAAAUGUGCUAUGGUCCAUGAUGGCAGGAAAUAGGUUCUCUUUGGAUGAUAUCAGAUUACAGACACUUGUGAACUGUAUCCAUCAUACCUUCACGUUGCUUGACAUAUCUGGUGGAAUCUUGAAUCAGAUGCCUGUCUUGAGACAUUUUGCCCCUGAUAAAACUGGUUUCAAUGAUGUUGUGUAUGGCAUAGAAAAGUUGAUGGUUUUUUUGAGGGAAGUUGUGGAUGAACAUAAGUCGACUCUUUGCUCGUCGCAUUCAAGAGAUUUGAUAGAUUCUUUUAUCACGAAGAUGGAUCAACCGCAGAAGCAUGAGAGUUUUACAGAUGAACAAUUGUUGUCACUGUGCUUGGAUCUGCUGAUGGCAGGAUCGGAAACGACGAGCAACACUUUAGCGUUUGCUAUUUUAUACAUGGUAAAAUAUCCUGAAAUCCAGAAGCGCGUUCAGGACGAAAUUCACGAGGCUGUCGGAGUAAACCGUUGGCCAGUUUACGAGGAUAGAAUCAGAAUGCCUUAUACUGAGGCAGUGUUGAUGGAAGUACAAAGAAUAGCGAAUGUCCCGCCGCUCGGAAUAGCUCACCGCGCCAUCCGCGAUACACAUUUGCAGGGUAGACACAUUCCCAAGGAUACCAUAAUACUUCCCUGCUUAUACAGUAUCCACAUGGAUAAAGAUUUCUGGAAAGAUCCGGAAACGUUCAGGCCGGAAAGGUUUAUUGGAGAGGAAGGAAAAAUAGUGAUUCCUGAAAAAUACUUUGCUCCUUUUGGCUACGGUAAACGUCGGUGUUUGGGGGAGGCUUUGGCUAAGUCAAAUUUGUUCUCGUUCUUCAGUGCCAUCUUGUAUAACUUUGACAUUCAAAAAGAUCCUGAACAUCCCGAGAUUGAUAUGAUAGGAAGGGACGGAGUUACUAUUGCUCCAAAACCUUACCGUGUGGUCCUCCAUCCGAGAGCCGACUAUUGAUUAUUAUGAAAUAUUUUAAUGAGUAUAGCAGAUAAUACUCACAAUCACAUGUACUAUUUUAUAUCAAUAAAUAUUUAUCUUUGA